UCGCGCCGCCCCGCGCGUAUGGGCCACCCACCUGUUUCUCGCAUUUCCUUCUGCUCUUCGCGGUGGUCGCCUCUUACGGCCGGAAAGGCCCAGUCUUUACAGAUUGCGGGAGCCAACGACACCUGCCGUCGUCAUUGCAAGGAUUCGCCUUCGAUGUGGCCUUUGCUGCUAUUAGUUCCUGCUGGUUACACUGGUCAGACCCCUUCGGCACUGCAGUACUUCUGCUGCCACAAGCUGCGAGGCAUUAAUUGCUGCCUCAGCACUGAGGUUGGAGUAGUCCAAUCUCCUCAGCUUAUGGUCGCUUCUGGGAUUGCCGACACCAAUAUCAGUCGUCCCUACUUGGCAAGGUCACCAGGAGGAGAUCUCAAAUUUGCAGCCACAAGUUCACACCGAAAGGAAGACAUGUCUCGAAUGGCAAGGUUACCAAGAAGCACUCUCGAAUUUGCAUCCAGAAGUUUGGUCGAAGGAAAAGCGGAUGAAUGUGCUGAUUGCCGAGAUGGUACAAUAGACAAUGAAUCGGAUGUCAAGACACCACCAGCUGAGAACCAUUCAAAGGACUCACCGAGCUCUGGCGGAGAAGGGAGUCCACCGGCAGCAUCUCCCGAAGGUGCAUCUGGACCUGCAGCUCCGUAAAUUGCAAUCUCUCUCAGUGAACAUACAAUUACUUAUAGCUAGUGUAUUGAAAUAUAAUGAUAUAUUUGGAGAUAUUCAAUAUCUCCCACUUUUAUAGGACAUUCAUACACUCCUGAAGUGAAUUUUUAGACACUUGGAAAGCUUUCCUUUUAAGGAGAAAUAUAGCCAAGGGUUUGAA